CUCGAAAAUCUAGAUAUGGGCAACUAUUGAAGUUUUCCUGACAUGCGUUUGAUCUUCAUUUCCCUUAGAAUGUGUUUCUUUGCUGAAACUAUAUUCAAACGCUAGGUCGAUUGAUCCCCUGCAACAUACACUUGAAGGUUAAGUAACUACAGAUCUCAGCUAAUCCCGUGUAAUCUGCAAUUACUAAGUGGGUGUUUGCAUUCCUGGCACACCAGUUUCUGAAUGCCUAGGAUUUGGCUUUUACCUUGUGUUCAAAUAACGUCUAAAAGGAGUGAUGCGUCUAUUUGUAUGUCUGUGCACCAUACUCAGCUUUGCGGAACAGGUGAACUGUUCGUGCCCUUCACAGUGUACCUGUGAUGACCACGGCAGAAAUGAUGGCACAGGAUCAAGGUUGGUGCUCUGCAAUGACCUGGAUAUGAACGAGGUUCCCAUGAACAUCCCCGUGGACACUGUGAAGCUUCGCAUAGAGAAGACUGUUGUCCACAGAAUUCCUGCUGAGGCCUUCUACUACCUGGUGGAGCUUCAGUACCUCUGGUUGACUUGCAAUUCCGUGACUAGCAUUGACCCCAGCAGCUUUUACAACCUAAAGCACCUGCAUGAGUUGCGCUUGGAUGGGAAUUCUCUGGCUGCUUUCCCUUGGGCAUCUCUGCUGGAGAUGCCCCGUCUGAGGACCCUGGAUUUGCAUAAUAACAGAAUAACCAGUGUGCCAGGUGAGGCAGCCAAGUACCUGAAGAACCUCACCUACCUGGAUUUAUCAAGCAACAGACUAACCACAUUGCCACCAGAUUUCCUGGAGAGUUGGUCCCAUUUCUCAGAUGAAACAGCUUCUAGAAGCCUGGACGUUGCACUAAGAAGAAUUAUUCUCGGUUUACAGGACAACCCUUGGCUCUGUGACUGCCACAUUUCCAAAAUGAUUGAAUUGUCAAAAGUUGCUGACCCUACUGUAGUGCUUCUUGAUCCACUGAUGGUUUGUAGUGAGCCUGAGAGCCUCACAGGGAUUUCGUUCCAACGGGCUGAGUUGGAGCAGUGCCUGAAGCCAUCUGUGAUGACCUCGGCCACCAAAAUCACAUCUGCUCUGGGUAGUAAUGUCCUGCUGAGGUGUGAUGCCACUGGCUACCCCACCCCACAGCUCACAUGGACCAGAUCCGACAGCUCACCAGUUAAUUAUGCAGUAAUUCAGGAGUCUCCAGGUGAAGGAGUCAGAUGGUCCAUAAUAAGCUUGACAGGCAUUUCUUACAAGGAUGCUGGGAAUUACAAAUGCAAGGCCAAAAAUUUGGCUGGGAUGUCAGAAGCCGUGGUUACUGUGACAGUGGUUGGUGUGGUCACAACCACCAUAUCUUCAGAAACAUCUGAAGGAAUUGGAGAAGGCCACCCUGAGCGAGAGGUCAAGUCAGGGUCUGGGAGAUCUGUAUCCGUCUCUAAUUCAUCAUCAUCUCCUGGGCCCUCUUCCUCCUUUCCUUUCUCCCUUGUUUCUUCCACUUCUCUUUCUACUUCUACUUUGUCUCCUCCCUCCACUGCUUCCUUAUCUCCUUCCAUCUCCUCCACUGGUUCUUGGACCACAACACCAAGCACUAGAAUUUCAGCCAGCACCACCAGGGCCAGCGGGCGGUCACUCCAGCUCCACCCAGAAGGGAAAAGAAAUUUAAAGAUGGAGGUGGGUGGAAGCAAGCUUCCCCCAGAUAGUGCAAGCAGGAAAGAAGAGUUGGCAUUUUUGGAUCGAGCAAUGCCUAUGGAGAGAAAUGCCACAAUAGAAAACCUCAGAGUAGUCAGAGAGACUGAAGAGAGUGUGACUUUGAUGUGGAAUACCAUCAACUCUGCGCAUAACUCUGCAGUGACCGUUAUGUAUUCCAAGUAUGGUGAGAAGGAUCUACUCCUGCUGAAUGCAGACUCCAGCAAGAGCCGAGUCACCAUAGGAGGUUUGGAGCCCGGCAGGCAGUACAUGGCAUGUGUGUGUCCAAAAGGGGUGCCUCCUCAGAAAGACCAGUGUAUCAUCUUCUCUACAGACAAAGUUGAAGAGGAAGGUGAUUUUCAAGGAUCUUUCCUUGUCGUGGUAAGCAGUACUGCCUGUGUUGUUGCCUUGCCGUUGGUUUGUUUCCUGUUGUACAAAAUUUUCAAACUUCAGUGUAAGUCAGAGUUUUUCUGGGAAGAUGACCUGGCCAAAGAGACUUAUAUCCCAUUUGAGACCCCAUCCCCCAGGUCUCAAAGUGUGGUGGAACUCUGGACACGAAAGCACAAAGACGACUCAGAAAAAUUGCUGCUUUGUUCUAGGUUGAGCGUGGAAUCUCAGAUGACGUUUAAAAGUGAAGGCUCUAGAUCAGAGUAUUGUUGCUAAGGCUUUGCAGCUCAGGUGUGUGUAAACCAUAAAUUAAGAGUUUGAGGUUGCAGCCUACCUUCUGUUUGGAUAAAAACUGCAUUUAGCUAUAAAAUGGAAAUACAGAUCUUCAUAUCAUCUGUAAAAAUCACAAACGGAAUGCUAUUAAGUGGAUUUUUAAAAAAAACUAACAUAAGACUUCUGAACUUAAAAGACAAAUAAUCUUGAAUUUUGUUAUGUGGAAGGUGUCUGUGGAAAUAAUUUUUAGGGUGGUGCUUAAUAAAUUAAUAAUACAUUUUAAGGCAAUGUUUUAGUUCCCAAAAAUAAAUUCAUGUGAAAAUAGUUGUAAAAAGUGAAGUCUGCAUUUUAAAAAAGAUAAUUUUUUUAAGUAGUGAAGAAGAUUAGUAUAACCAGCCAAGCCUUCAUUCUCAUUCGUGUUCAAGGUGCUUUAUGGCAUUUGCUCUGAACUUUUGCUGGCGUGGCCUACAGAAUGAGAGUUGGAUAACAAAGAAUUUUGCCUUCACCAAGGUUAAAUCCAGCCCAAUGGAGAAGGAGAGCUCUGUCUCUUGGUACCAUUAUGCAUUGCAGUACUAUAGAGUUUUGUUCAUAUUGCAUGUAAAAAUUUUUUUCACUUGUCCUUAUUAGAAGCAUAGGUAUUAGUAAAAAUAAAGAGAGGAUCAUGACAAAUAGCAAGGUUGUUUCUAAAAAUUGUAACUGCUGUAAUCUAACACAUCUGUAUUAGUCUUUUUAGACAUACUGUGUGGAUCUUUUUUUAUAAUGUGCUCAUUUAAAAAAUGUCUUUAAUAUUUUGAUAUUUUCUUUUCUCCCUCUCCUCUCCAUUCUUCCCUCUCCCAGUCCCUCUCCUCCUCCUUCUGUCCCUUCCUUCCUUCCUUCCUAGUCACGGAUUGAAUUAUGUCCCUCCAAAAGUGUAUCAACUUGGUUAGGCCAUAAUUCCUAGUAUUGUGUGGCUGUCCUCCAUUUUGUGAUUGUAAUUUCAUGUUAAGAGGAUUAAGGUGGGAUCGUAAUACCACCCUUACUCAGGUCACCUCCCUGAUAGAAGGUAAAGGGAGUUUCACUGGGGUGUGGCCUGCACCACUUUUUAUCUCUCAAGAGAUAAGAGGAAAGGGAAGCUAACAGAGAGGGGGAACCUCGUACCACCAAGAAAAACCACAAAGAACAGAGCGUGUCCUUUAGACCCAGGGUUUCUGUGCCUGAGAAGCUCCAAGUCCGGGGGAAGAUUGAUGAGACAGACCUUUCUUCAGAGCUGACAGAGAGAAAAAGCCUUCCUCUGGAGCUGACGCCCUGAAUUUGGACUUAUAGCCUCCUAGACUAUGAGAAAAUAAAUUUCUCUUUGUUAAAGCCAUCCACUUAUGGUAUUUCUGUUAUAGCAGCACUAUAUAACUCAGACAUUCCUCCCUUCCACUUUGUCAGAAAAUAUUCAGGAAGCCCAGGCACCAUAAGCUAAGCUGUUUGUCUUUGCCACACUGUAUUUUUAUCCUCUGGAUAAAGGGAAGUCCUUUGAAAGUCUUUUAAGAUCCCAAAAGGAUAUUUUAGGAUAUUGAAAGAGCAGUCUCAAUGGAUUCAUUUGGUCUAACUCUUUUUCUAGGUUAAAACAUCAGGGAAGUUGAACUGGAGUGGGUCGCAUGAAUAGAUAGGAAAGGAACAUCAUAAAUAAAUUUUAGUUUUUUGAAACAGGUUUUUUUUUUUCUUAACUUUUACUAAAGGUUAUGUUCUCUUUACAUUGCAGAUUUUAGAGUAUAGAACAGAUUUCUAAAACUGAGUCAGAAAUUGAGAAAUAUCCUGAGAAAUGGGUUCUAAGGAAAUACAAUAUAUUUUAUAAGAAGCAAAUUGACUUUAAUGUAACACAUUCUCAAAAAUUAUAUGCAACUGGAAGAUGAAAAAUUGUUCAUUCUGAAUGCCUCUUAUUUAAAAAGAAAAAUAUAUUCUAAAUCAGCCAUACUCUGAGUAUUAGAAGAUCAACGUGGAUGAAUGGUCUGCUCAGAAAUCCCUUGUUUUUCCUUUCGUUUCUUUUCAAGCCCGUUGGUUCUUGGUGCUUUCAUCACUGAGCACAUUGUCUAAUGAUCUAACCGUUUUUAAUCCAGUGUUCACUGUUAGGAUUUUUUUUUUUAACCUUUUGCAGACAAUUUUGUACUUAGCUUCAACUUAUAUUAGAUCAACUUAUUUUAAAUUAAAAGAUUACAAAAACUUACAUUCCUUUACUCUGCUACAGAAAUCAUGCAAUUUCACUGCCAUGUACUUAAAAGGAACAUAUGAAUAGACUGUCAAAAUACUACCCUAUUACAAAUAGUAUGACUGCAGGAGAACGUUACAGACCACCAAGCCAAAUGGUGGAUACGAAGGGUUGCCCAAAUUGUGCAAAGGCAGUGAGUUUCCUCUGGUGAGAUUAAUUACUGACUGCCCUCUUAAUCAAAAUCAAGUGAAAACUGAGGAAAUUUGCUUGCGGAAAAGCUAGGUGGUGGUGGGGAAGGGGUAGGAACCUCAGGAGAAAGUACCCUUGUCAUUGGUCAGCUUGGUCUUGACACAUGAGGUGUGUUACAAGUAAUUUGUUAAUAAUAGUGAAAGUACGUGGGGUCACCAUGAG